CCAAAGACACCGUUCAUAGAUUACAUUUGCCUUUAUAUAAGCACGAUGAUUGGAGGACACAGCAUACAGACCCUAUGCGAACUCGAAAAACAUCUUCAGAAGAAAGUAGAAGGUGUACCACCCUUCAAACCGCAUACCUGUCAGCAUUGCGAGAAGAUCGUGGUGGAGAUGCCCGAUCGACCUCCUCAUUUCUAUGACGAUCCACCUGGGAAGUCCAUACAAGUAUCCAUUCAAGGCGUCACUGCGAACACGUUGAUCGACGGGGCAAAUGAUGGCUGCCCUUUAUUUACCCCAGUCGCUAAGGAUAUGCCCGACAAAGUAGCACAACGGAUGGGAGAUUUGGACGUCAAACUGAAGAUAGACUUGAUUAGAGGCGAGAGGCGUUGGAAUAGCGUCACUGGUAAACUUUUGGACGGAUACCAUGGGACCCUCUUGGUCGAAGGUAUGGCCUCACCCAUGUACAGCUUGGGUCGAGGUGUUAAUUCGGAUUGCCCGGGCUGGCUUCGAAAAAUGUGGGUGGUAUCCCCAUCUUCGGAGGGUAUGUUAAGUUGGGCAAGAUAUUGGUAUCAAGAGUGCGAUAAAAAAGCAGGUUUUCGCCAUCACAUGUGUCAGCCUGCGGCGGAAAGAUCUUCCUUUAUACCGACUAGACUUAUCGUUGUUCCUCGAAAACACGAAAAGCAGUUGAAGAUUGUGAAAAAAGGCAAAAUAAAAAAAGAGCAUGUCAAAUGGUGCAGUCUCAGCUACUGCUGGGGGGAAAGCCAGGACAUGCAGAGUACCACUAAGAACUUCAGGUGGGGUGAAAGGACUAUCUGCUUGCGGGAACUACCGCGUACAAUUCUCGAUGCUCUUCUCGUCGCGCACUCCAUUGAGGUCGAAUAUAUAUGGAUAGACUCGCUCUGCAUUCUUCAAAAUGAUCCUAUGGAUGUUCAAAAAGAAUUGGCAAGCAUGGCAAAGGUUUAUCAAGACGCUGCUGUCACGCUGGUCGCAGCGAGCGCUUCCAAAGUCACAGAAGGAUUCCUCAACCCGCGCAACUUCGAGAAGAAUUGGGAAUCGGCGCCAAUUCAACUCAAAUGUCGAUACGAAUCCAAGCAGGGAAGCAUCAUGUUGCACCAUCUCAAUAAACAAGCCCCUGAUGAUCCGAUACAUAGCAGAGGCUGGACAUUACAAGAAAUGAUGGUAUCGCCACGACUGCUCAUAUAUGGAUCUAGUGCAACCACAUGGUCCUGUAAUACUGAGCGAUACCAUGAUUGUGAUUUACUAUACCCCCAGAGCGAUGACAUAAGAGAGCUCUCCUGGGGUGCCGUGCGACUGGAUGGUUGGAAAAACAACUGGGACGUGAUAGUCGAACAAUAUAGCAAAAGGAAGCUUUUCCUCGCCAAAGACAGGCUCAAGGCUCUCGCAGCAAUAGCAGAAACGUAUCGGCACGGGCAUGAAGUAAAGAAGCAGCGCAUGAUAGAGUUGGAUCGGGAAUCUGGCCCUACGAAGACUGACGUGUCACCGCCAGUAAAAUAUGCAGCUGGGCUUUGGACCGACACCCUGGACGAAAUGCUUUUAUGGCAUUAUACAGAGCAUACUGGAAAUGUGCGCCAAGGAUCCUACCGAGCGCCAUCCUGGUCUUGGGCUUCUGUUGAUAGUGCACAUGCUAUAAACUUCAAACAGGCGACUGUGCUGAGUAUCAAGUCAAUUACCGUAGAGCCCGAGGACUGGAGAUUACCAUUUGCUGAUGCGAAGGAAGGGUCAGCAAUAAUCCGAAUAGAGUGCGACCUGGGGAGUUUUUACCUGGGGAGAGAUUCCCCCGAAGAUGGAAGAGCCUCGGAACCCUAUCUAGCAUCCAUAUUCGAGACCUACAGUCGAAAGAAAGGAAUGAGAAAAGAGAAGAAGACCUGGAAGCCGAAGAAACCAGGUGAAUACAUGUACUUGGACGCUCCGAAAAGCGACUUCGUGUACUGGAACACGGGAUGCUGGUCAAAAGUCUACAUGUUACGCGCAUAUACCGACUGGAAGGAAGAGGAGUACGUAUCUGCACUGCUCCUAGUGAAAACAACUAGCACCGGAAACACCUAUAAGCGAAUAGGGAUAUGUAGAAUUCAGGAUACACGGGGUAAGGUAAGGGAACACUUUUGGCUUUCCGAUUCUUGUAUCAUUGAAAUUGUAUAG